UAGUUCGCCGCCGCUCGCCUUAGCGUGCGCACGUGUUGUGUCCUCAUGGAACGAGGUAGUCGCAUGUUUGUGCUAACCCAGUGAAGUGUUAUGGAGGAGGUGCGAGUGGCCGACUGGCCCGAGGCGCCCGGCGCGCAUGCAUGGCUCCCGGCUUACGGUUUCCAGCAUGAGAUUGACAAAGACGACUAUUUCGGCUCCAAUGGCGACAAUGGCAGCCACCACGCACUGUACCUCGAAACAAUAGUAGAAGAGACGAGCGAUGACCUCCGUUCCGAGCGGUCAUCUGCAGCUACAUGGCUUUCCGAUUCGGACGCGGAUUCGGUCAUACACGUGCGGGGAAAUGCUGGGUCAGAGUGCGACAGCGAAUCGGAGCGCGAGUGGGCCUGUCCGGCGAAGCGGCGGCGGCGCGAGCGGGCCUCCUCACCCACCAGCACCGGCUCGCUGUCACGCUCGUCCAGCCUCGCCCAGUUCGAGUCCCUCGAACGCUCCUGCGCGGCGCCGGCGUCGCCCAGCUUGUCCCCGGAUUCCCUAGAGUCUCCCGUCGCUUCACCGCCACCUGCCCACCUACCACCCGCGCCGCGACCGCACCUCUCUGCCGAGAACUUGAGUGAGGAUAGCGGGUACAGCGAGCGCGCUCGGCGCCCGCCCCCGCUGCGUCGGCAGCCCGAAAUAGCGCCGGGUGCUGCCGGCUCCGCGCCCAACCUCGCCUCGCCCAGUGCAGAGCGGCGCCCAGCCCGCGCCGCGCGCGCCCUCUCCCUCCCCGCUGAGCUCGACGUGUGCGCCGAGCCGCGCCGGCACGCCACCGCGCACCGCGCGCGUUUCCGACAAACCUUCGAGGUCACCGAGAGCCUCACCGUCAGCGUGGCAGACCUCACCGCGCUAGACUACCGCGGCGGCCCGCGCCGUCCGCGUCUGCCUCCGCCGCCGCCACCGCCGCGCGUACAUCCUCCACCACCUCCCCCUGUCUACAUAGCCCGACAGCCGUCUCCUCCCGUGCGAGAACCCAGCGCUGCCAGCGAUGAUACCACGGAAUCCGAGAUCGCGUUCGCGCGCGAAAUGGAAGCCACCGCACGGAGACUCGACGAAGCCGCGAAACGCGCGCUCGAAGAUACGGGCAACUACGACCGGGAACUAUCCGUGCUGACUGCGAAGAGGUUGCGGGACUCGUGGGGUGCGUGGGACGACGUGUUGGACGAGUUGCGGCGGCGGAUGGAGCCCUCACCGACGCGGACGCCGUCGCCGCGCGCGCCAGCGUUCUCAUCGACGCCGCUGCGCUCCGGCGACGCACGGGUGCGCUCGACGCCCGAGCUGCGCGCGCGCGAAGCACCGAGAGAGACGCCCGAAGAAUUACGCGCGUCGCUGCAGCUAGUGGCGCCGGCGCCGGCUGCGCCGCCCGCGCGUUCCAUUUCCGCCGGUUCCAAAGGCGUAACGUUUUCGCCAGUGGUCGCCGAAGUCAGCUGGCGCGAGGCGAGCGCCUCAUCCACAAGCGAAAGCGUUUCAUCCACGAGCGCGAGCGACGACGCGGCGGACGCGGAGGUGACAGUGGUGGGGGACGAGGCGCCGCGUGCGCCGCUCUCAGACCGCUGCGCUGCGAUGACGGACGCGGGCGCGCGCGCUCCGCGCAGUCGCAUAGCGGGCUUCUUGUCCCGCUUCGCGAACUUCCGUUUCUCGGGACGCAAGGAGAAGAAGGCUCGCGCAGGCGCGAACGGGCGGGGUGCUCCGAGCCCGGCAGACGCGGGGCAGGGACCGCGCGCGGCGGCCGGGCCGCAAUAUGUCCGUAUCCCGUUGAAGGAGGAGGUGUCUCGCGCGGCGGGACCCCCGGCGGGCGGCGUGGCGCACAAGCCUCCUAGGGCGCGCCCGCCGCCCGCUCCAGGAGUGCUGGAGACGGACGUGGACACGCAGCGCACGGUGCUGCACGCGCGCUCGCUGCUGGCGCUCGCCCCGCCCGACCAGCGCGCGCCGCGCCCACACAAGUCCAUGGAGUUCCUCCUCGACAAGGAGAGUGCACAGACCAUACAGCCCCCAGAGAACGAAUUGCAGAAGAAUUCGGACCGCGUUCUGUCGGAGCACGAACUGCGGGUUCAGAGGUCGUUGCAGAAACUCAAUGUGCCAGAAUGGUACAAGAACGCUCCGGCGCCCCGCGAGGGAUUUCUGCUGCGCAAGCGGCUGUCUGACGCGUCCAGCGCGCGCUGGAGCGGCCUCAGCUCGAAGACCACUUCGUUGGGCAGUCUUGGGGCCUCCGCCCCUCCGCCCCCGCAGCUGUCCCCGCACACCACCAGCUUCGGAAGGUGGUCGACUAGCAGACUCAACUCUAACCAAACGUCUCCGUGUUCGUCAACCCGCAGCAGCAUCCGCGGCACCAGCCCGCUGUGCUCGCCGUCUACCCGCUCGUCGUUCAGCGCGCGGCAACCAUACCUCGGCUGGAGGAGCCAGGAGCGACUGAACACCCCACGUACCCCACACGAGAGGCUAGCCUCGUCGCUCCUCCAGCAAGCUGCGGCCACCAAGGCCUCAGAAGAGAUCCAGUCGUCCAUCAAGGAGGUCACGUCGGCCAUUGUCCACUACGUGUCUGGCCUGGAGCCGGCCAACGGCGACGCGGACAAGUCCCCGCGAUCCAGCCAGAAGCUCUUCUGGCUUGAGAGCUCCUUUGUUGGUACGAAGCCUUUGGACUCCCCUCAGACACCGCUGGUAGUGUCCGAGGCACUGCCCCCGCCGCACCCCCGCCCGCCGUCGUCCCUCCGCCUCGACCACCGCGCCGCGCCUGACUGGCAGGACUCGCAAAGGUCGCUCGUGACCAUCGGGCGGCCAUCGCCUGGGUCGACCACGCUGGAGGACGUGCUGGACAGCCUGCUGGGCUUGCCGUCGCAGCCGGCGAGGAUACCCACCCCGCAGCCGAGUCCCAGGAAGGCUCAUAGCCCGUAUUACUUGAUGGGUGGAAAGAGCCCCCGCUACGAGCAGCUAGCGAGCAGCGGACACAGCAGCGCCUCCCCCGCCUCUCGCUUCGUCAGCACGCCCAGCGAGGCCCCCAGCUCCUUUACCGACCCCAGCCCCGACCCCGACCGACCAGGCAAGAAUUCAGUUGAUACCCCCGCAGCGAUGCAUGUGCGUUCGCGUUCGGCGAUGGGCGAGCUUCGCCGCAGGAGUGAGCCCUUCGCGUGCCCUAGCGCGUCGCUCGACCGCCGCACCAGCCUCGACGCUCUCCGGCCCGCAGCUAUGGAACUGCAGUCCACGCACCACGAGUCCCGCGCCUCGCUCGCCUCUAUACUCACAGAGAACAGCGCCGAAGAACCCGUCGUCAAGUGCAAAUACCCCAAAUGCGGCUCAAAGGCACCUUUAGCAGACGCGAAACGACACUACAAGACUUGUCACAACUGCUCUACCAUGUACUGCUCUAAGGAGUGCCGGAGAGCGCAUUGGGAGAAGCAUAGAAAACUGUGUUUACACUCGCGAGCGAGCGCGCUUUGCAGGCAGAUCAUAUCAGCGGCGAAGGAGGACGAGGACUCCCGCAACCAAAUAAGCAAUGCCGGUCAUAAAGGAUACCUAGCCCAGGGACGCGGCGUCGUCAAGGUAUUCUUCACGAGCACCGACGCCGCCGAGAAAUUCGUCACCCACGGCUACCAGUACUUGACCGAACCGGAAUUCGUGAAAUGGUCGUCGCUGCAGCCGAACGAGAUGGGCGUCGAACUAUACACAGAAGUGGGGAGGUUAUGCAAAGCGUACAACCCUGAAACCAGGGUGAUAUUAUACGUCGCCGUUUGCAUUAUUAGCGAGGUACCGACUAAAGGCGCCGUUAAAUGGGAACGGCAGAUGGUGUCGCGCUGCGCGAAGCUUCGACUUAGCAAGUCCGUCACCGCCUCUAUCCAAGAACAGAAUCGCCGGCGCUACAGGAGGGACAGCAAGACCGCGCCGGAGGACAGAGAGACUCUCAUCCUGACAUCGAAAUUAGAAGUCGCCGGGGAGAAGAACGCGGCUACCGCUCACAAAUUCCGAGAGAUUUGUUUCAAUAAUAUUCUUCUAGAACUAGAAAAACGUGGAGUGACUUUGAAGAAGCACUUCCCCGAAGUGUAUUCGAGGUUAGCGGCGUAUGUUGACGGCACGAGCGAUAGGUUCAUACCGAUGACUUUCUACCCCAGAGACGCUACUAGUGGGAAAACGUUUAUGUGCAUAGUCAUGCCGGACACUGAUGUGGAAGCCACUACGCCGGUCGACGGGAAAGUGACAACUAUCGACGUCGGGAUCGACCGCUCAAAGCACCAGCUUUCAACACCUAUGUGAACCGAUGUCGACAACUUGUAAACAUGGAUACAUUUAGCCAAUUUUACUAUACAAAGGUUUCUAAUUAGGUCCAUAUUAGUUAAGGAUUAUCUGCCAAAAUAAUUGAAUAAACAUUCAACAUAUCCCAAUUCCUGAUUUAAACGAUUGUGCGACCUUAAUAUUCCUUAAUAUUCAUACACUGUGAUGGACUUUAUCAGUGACGAAAACGAUGACGAAAAUGCAUAAUACCACGAGCCGACGGCCCGAGAGGGCCUCACAAUCCGGGGCCGUGUUCACGGGAGGUAGGUACCUACUCAUUAUUUUAGAAAUUUCACGAAUUUGCUACAAGCCUCUGCCAGUGCAGCUAAGACACAUGCCGUGUCAAAAGCAUAAAACAAUGCAAGAUGCUUGGUACAAUUUCAGAGUAUAAAUGUGUAUGAUUUAGCUUAAGUUAGGUAAUAAGAUGUAAUGUGAAUCUAUCGGCUCGAUCGGCGGAAUCUGACAACUGCAUAUGACGCUCCACUCCAACAUAAUAUCGCUUGAUGCGUGCAAUAGGGCCACUCUUGUAGCCCGCUCCACACUUGUGAGCAGAUGUCACAGCACUCACAGCAGAGCAGAGCAUACACACACACAGCAGAGUUCGCAGAAAAAAAACGACUCCACACUCGCGUGCUUGUGCGAUUCGCACACGAGUGUGGAGUGGGCUUGUGACUCACGCAUUCUACGUGUCAACCAUUUCUUAUUAUUAUUUUUUUAAUUUAAGAAGAGUACACGUUAUUACACUUGGAUUGAGGGCGAAUUAUUAGGCCUUAAACUCGAAUUAAUUACUUAAACUCGAAAGAACUUGACGAAGUGUACUUUUCAAAUCGUAUUAGGAUUAAACAUAACAGGCGAUUCCGCAGAAGCCGCCUGUAUCGUAAUCGAUACUUGGGGUCGCUCGUGCCUUUUAAUAUCGUUGUAUAUUUAUGUAAAAUAAUAUGUUAGUAACGAUCAGUUUACCCAUUUGUCAAUAGCCAUCCGACGCUGAUAAGUUCCCAAUAGACAAUUUGUUUUACAUCGCAUGGCGACCCUGUGGGGUUAGCUGCUCAAAAAAUACUCCUUUUGCGGUAUUUUUCAUGAAGGUUAGUAAUUUUUUUAAGGCAGCUUGAGUGUCAGGUGACAAUUGUCAGGUUGGUAAAAUAGAGGCCAAAGCGAAAUUAGAGUCCAUCUACACUGUCUGCACGUCAUACGUUAUCACUGCCAAGCCGGUGCAAACUUAUAGUGCUAACAGGCGUGCGUACCGGACCGCUACCUUGAUCCGGACAGCUUAUCUUUUUCUCACUUUCACUCAUAGCUGCGUCGUGCGUGCGGCUAACCAACUUGCACACGAUCGAACAG